GGCUCGGGGUAGGUAAUCCCCAGGCUCCGGUGCCAAGGGGGCGGGCUCUGGCCGGAGGUGGAGUCACUUCCCAUUUAAAUCCCCCAGUAUAAAAUGGGCUCGAGGCGGCGCGGGCUCUCGGCGGAGCCGCAGCAGCGCCCGGCCGGCGGGGGCCGCCGCCAGCCAUGCUGCCCGGGCUGGGCGUGCACACCUGGCAGCGCCUGGCCCAGGCGGCCGCCUGCCUGCUGCUCUUCCCCCGCUUCCUGCUCAGCGCCGCGAUGCUCUGGCUGCUGGAUUUCCUGUGCAUCAGGAAGAAGGUGCUGGCCGGGGGCCCGGCGGCGGCGGCGGCGGCGGCAGCGGCGGGGGAGCCGCCCCCCGACGACCCGCCGCUGUGCGUGUCCGACUCGAACCGCCUGUUCACGCGGGAGUCGCUGAAGGCCGUGUGGCACGGCCACAAGCUGGACUUGUUCAAGGCGGCGCACGUGGGCGCGCGGGCGCCCAACCCCGAGGUCAUCCGGCUGGACGGGCAGAAGCGGCUGCGCCUCCUGGACUUCGCCCGCGGCAAGCGGCCGCUCGUGCUCAACUUCGGCAGCUGCACCUGACCGCCCUUCAUGGCCCGCCUGCGCGCCUUCCAGCGCCUGGCCGCGCACUUCCUGGACAUCGCCGACUUCCUGCUGGUGUACAUCGAGGAGGCGCACCCCUCCGACGGCUGGGUCAGCUCGGACGCCGCCUACAAGAUCCCCAAGCACCAGUGCCUGCAGGACCGGCUGCGGGCGGCGCAGCUCAUGCGGGAAGGCGCCCCCGGGUGCCCGCUGGCGGUGGACACCAUGGACAACGCCUCCAGCGCCGCCUACGGAGCCUACUUCGAGCGGCUGUACAUCGUCCAGGAGGAGCGCGUCAUGUACCAGGGCGGCCGCGGCCCCGAGGGCUACAAGAUCUCGGAGCUGCGCAGCUGGCUCGACCAGUACAAGACCCGGCUGCGGGGCCCCAGCGCCGUGGUCAUCCAGGUGUAAGCGGGCGGCGCCCGGCCCGGCCCGGCCCGCCCCGCCCGGCGCCCGCGGGGACGCCUCUAGCGUUUCUUGGUGACGACCGAUUUGGAAAUGGUUUCUCCGGGGCCAGGAAAUCGGGUCUGAUGUUGUCAAACGCUAGCGCUGCCCGGACCCCGGGCUGGACGGAGCGGCCUAUUUAUGCUGUGGGGGGUGGGGAGGGGGCGGUGUUUCUUUUCGGUACGAGAGUCGUUCGGUCUUGUUUUUAUUUUUAUUUUUAUUAUUAUUAUUAUUAUUAUGAAUUUUUAUAUGAUUAUUAAUAAAGGAGGAGGAAACCCC